GUCUGUCAUGAUUUGGCAACACUGAUCCCUGCGCAACUGCCGCAAAUCCAUUUUGUUUUGAUGGUUUCCAAUCCUUCAAACAAGCUACAAUUGAAUGUAAAAUGCGAUAAAAUAAGAAUAGUUGGCAGUUAAAAUGGAAUCAUGGCAAUGAAGUGAUAUACCAGUGUAAGCUUCAUUUAAUGUGCAAAACAAGAUAACGUCUUCGUUAACGUUGAAGAAAAAGUUGGUGAUUAAACGUUGGAUUGAAUAUCGUGACUGAAGUCAGGAAAUGAAUUCCAAAAAGAGUAAAAAGCUCAUUGUAGAUGGUGAUGAAAACUUGGGUUCUGAACCGCCAAAGAAACCGAAAAAAAAAUCUGCUGCGAUACCCAAUGAAAAUGGAAGUGUUACACCGAAGGCUAAGAAAAGAAAAGUAACUGGUUCUGAAGAAGAUGUGUUGCCAGCAAAGAAACUGAAGAAGAAAGUUAUCAGUGAUAAUGAGAAGGCAACAAUCAAUAGUAGUGAGUCGAAACUCAUGGAAUCUGAGGAAAUUGGAGAACCUAGCCAACUAGCCAGUUUUGAAAAUGGGGAGUCUUCUGAAAAACAAAGUUCUAACAAGAGUAUUGUGGAGGAAAAUUUGCAGGCUAUGUUUGCUGAUAUAAAUACACCACCAUCAAAUUCACCCAUUAUCAAAAAAGGAAAAAAAAAAGCCAAAAAGGUAUCCUUGAAAUCAACUGAUGAUUCUGAGCAGAAUGUCGCAGAAGAGGUGGAGAAAGUUAAUUCACCUAAAAGAAAAAAGAAGAAAGUAAAUGAUGACAGUAUACACUUAACUUUUGAGGAAUUAGAAAGCACUUUAAAUAACAAUAAAAAGACUGUUAUGAAGCAUGAAGUGAAUAUAAUUGAUAUAAAGGAUGAAAACGAAAAUGAUGGUAGUGAAAAUGUUGUCACAAUAUCUAUUCAAGAUGUUGAUAAUGUCAGUUCAGAUUGGGAUGACAAUGAUCUACUAAAGCAAUUGGAGAAAAGAAUGGACAAGAAGGUGGAGAGUCCUAAAGGUCGUAAGGCUGCCAUUCCUUCUUGGCCUGAGGAAGAUAUGCAAGAACUCAUGAACAGAAUGGAGUUAUGCAUUCCUGAGAAUGACUAUAAACCUUUCACAAAGAUGAUAGAAGAGUUGGAGUGGGACUCGGUGGCUUUCAAGAAUUACUCUGUAGAUGAUUGCAAAAAUACUUGGUCCUUCAUACAGAAAAAGAUACGAAAGUAUAGGCUAUUGAGAGAAAUGCUCGUAGAUGCCAAAGAGUGGAUCACAAUGCCUAAGUCCAAAAAGAAAUCGGCAAAAGCUAGUAGACAUCCAGAUAUGCCUCGAAGGCCUCUCAGUGUUUAUUUAAUUUACUACCUUAAAAAGAGAGAAGCACUUCAGGCUGAAAAUCCGGGAAUGGAUGCAACGGAAUUAGCUAAAAUUUGUAGCGCUGAAUUCAAGAUAUUGCCACCAGAGAAGAAAGAAAAAUACGAGAAACUUGCACAAAAGAAUAAAGAAGAGUAUGAACAAAAAUUGAAAGAAUUUUAUCUUUUGCACCCAGAAGAGAAACAGGCGAAAGCAUCCAGGGCCAAAGUUGAUAAACCACCAAAGCCAAAACCCGUAAAAGAGAAGCCUUCUCCAAAAUCUUCAAAAUCACCAAAACUGCCUAAAGAAAAACCAAGUCCAAAACCACCAAAAGAGAAACCUCCUCCGAAGCCUAAGGCCCCAAAGAGACCACUCCCACCAUUCCAGUAUUUCUUCCUCUCUGAAUCUGAGAAGGAAAAUGUUGAAGAUAAGGGAUCUUUCAAGGAGGUGUGCAAGGAGAGGUGGAAAAAUAUGCCUGAUGAUAAGAAAAUGGAAUGGAUUAGCUAUGCGGAAGCCGAGAAUUUCAAGUAUGAAGAAGAAAUGAAAGCCUAUAUUAGAGAAAAUCCCGAUUGUGUCAUUCAAAGUUCGCACAAAGCAUUGCUCACCAAGCAGGAACAGCUUGUGAAGGAACGCAUGUCUGGAAAGCCAGCCAAACCGCCUGUCUCUUCUUACAAUCUCUUUGCUAGAACACUACUGCAAACCGAAGAGAUCAAGGGGGUUCCCGUGAGAGAUAGAUUGGUAUUCGUAUCCAAUCAGUGGAAAUACUGCAGUGAAGAAGAGAAGAAACAUUACAAAGAUCUCUUUGAAAAGCAAAAUGAGCAGUAUAAAAUUGACUAUGCUGCAUAUUUGGAAGGGCUACCUGAAGAAGAAAGACAACUUGAAUUGAAAAAGUCUGCCCCAAAGAGACUGAAAUCUGAGGAAGAAAAAACGAAAAAGGAACCAAAAGUUCAGAAAAAGGCCGCGACAAAAAAGGUGGUAGUCAGCAAGGCUACCAAGAGUGUGCCUCCUGAAAAGAAAGUCGAGAAAAAGACUAAAAAAUUACAGGAACCUGAACAACCUCCAAUAUCUCCAUUCAAAUAUUUUGUUACCCAGUAUAAAGGAAGCGAACCAGCAGCCAAUGUUUGGAAAACUUUGACUCCUGCGGAGAAGAAGGUUUAUGAGGCAGAACUAGUUAAGAAAAAGCAAGCCUAUAUUCUUGACUUUGAAAAAUUCCUAAAGAGCAUGACAAAAGAUGAGCUGGAGGCUUUUUCCAGUGCCAGAAGUAAAGUCAAACAGGAACAACAAGAAAAUGAUGAUGAUGAUGAAGAGGAUGAUGGUGAGUUGUUGGUGUAA